GUCAAAAAAAAUCAUAGUAUAGUAUGUAAAUGGGGUAGUCAGCCAUCUCUGAUUCUCAAGCUUGGAACUGUAAACAUGGACUCAAUGACUGGUGUUUUUUUGUGUAUGUGCGUGUGUAGGUAUUUCAGAAGUUGACCAACUGGAGAGCAACGAGAACUUAAGGCUGACUUUGGACUCCAUGCAGAUGCCCACAGUGGAAUACAAGGAGAUCAACAUGGACGACUACACCUUGUCCAUGCAGAUCCUCAAACCUGCAGGCUUCAUGGAAACGUCACACUACCCGCUGCUGCUGCUCGUCGAUGGGACACCCGGUGGUCAGAUGGUGUCGGAGCAGUUCCUGAUGGACUGGGCCACGGUGCUGGUGAGCAGCUUCGGCGCCAUCGUGGUGCGCUGCGACGGACGAGGAAGCGGCUUCCAGGGAACCAACCUGCUGCACCGCGUCCAGAAGAAACUGGGCGUGUACGAGGAACAGGACCAGAAGGAUGCACUCAAUCUUAUUUUGAAAGAGCCCUAUGUUGACGGAACCAGAGUUGGGGCUUUUGGGAAGGUGUACGGCGGGUAUGUGACCAGCUUGUUGGUCAGUGGCGAGGAGUCGCCUGUGAAAUGUGGAGCUGUCCUGUCGCCCAUUACAGACUUUGAAUUAUAUGCCUCUGCGUUUUCAGAACGAUAUCUAGGACUCCCAAAGCCUGAUCCAAGAGCUUACACGAUGGCAAAUCUAGCGCACAGAGCAUCUCAGUUUAUGGACAAGAAGUUUUUAAUCAUCCAUCCGACCGCUGAUGAAAAAGUUCAUUUCCAACAUACAGCGAAAUUCAUUGCACAGCUCAUCAAUGAAAAGGCCAACUACACUUUACAGAUCUAUCCAGACGAAGGCCACUUCAUUCACAGUGAAGCAACACGGCAGCACCUCAGUCAGUCCCUGGUGAACUUCUUCGAGGAAUGCUUCAGGCUACCAGAAAGAGUGUUUGAAGAGGCUCUGGAGGAAGAGAGUGAAGACGAGGGUUAGUUUGGCCUUGUAGGCCUCCCAUGCCCCAAAGUCUCCCCACCUAUACAGUCAUAGAACCACAACACUGGCACCCAAUUGUCCCCCAAAUGCUACUCAUGUCCUCUCUUUCCAUUUAUUUUGGUUUGCAUUUGGACUCCCCCUGACCCCUUCCAUGUCCAUGUUGAACCAGAGACUGCUCUUCCAGCAGACGACGGAUCUACUUCACAUCCAUCCGACCUUCCUAAUUUUGUGCCCCGACUUUGAAUUCACAAGGCCCUGCAGGGAGCCAACAAAGACUGGUGACUUGACAUGAUGUCGUGGAAUAUACUGAUCGAUUAAACAACAAGCAGUCUUCUCUCAGCCCGAAUGGACCAGCUCCUCAAAAAGCAGUGGAGUGAGACAGAAAGUGUCUGCUCUCACACAAGACUUUGAAGCUGUGAGGAGAAGGAACCACUGCGUAGCACAGAACUCGUGGGCUUGUAAAUUUCUGAAAAAUCGGACACCUGGUGAAAAACACUGGCUGGCAGUGUUUCUAUGGGGUGUCUGAAAAGUGUGUGGAUACACGAAAUGUUACUAUUUUUAAAGUUGUGAAGAACUUUCCAUGUUGGACUGUGGUUGUGUCUGUUGUUCUUACAGUAUGUAAAAUAGCACACAAAACAUUCACUCUGCUACUACAGUUCUGUUUUCCUUUCAGGUAUUCACGUUUGCCCUGACGUUGGUUUCAUCACGCUGCCUCAUUGUGUGUUUCAGAAUUCUCUAAACUGGCAAAACGUUCCGAAUGGAAAGAAAAGGCUUAUUUAUUUAAAGGUUUAUUGGCGUCCAUUUUUAUCGGUUUUAACAAAUGGGCUUCAUAGACGGAAGCAUUGAGUUUUCAGUCGCCGUGCCUUACUUUGUCAGAAAACAUCCUGCUGUGGGACAACAUUAACAGACUGCUAGAAGUCAAAUUUUAAAGGAAUAACAAGUAUUUAUUUGUGAUUAAUACCACUAAUUUCUGUCAUGAUAAAUAUGAAGUAACAGCCAACUAGCUUAGCAUAAAGACCACAGUAAAGCUAGUUUAGUUUUUGUCUAAAGGUAGUAAAACCUGCCAACAAGCUCCUCUUAGCCUCUGGUUUAAUAAGAGCAUAGCUAAGUACAUUGACUGUUUUAAACUUUAUUUUUGGAGCAAAUGCAUUGAUCUUAUCACACUGGACUAGCUUUUUUAAAUCCCUGCAACCAUUAAAAUCGAAUGUAUUGCUCUUUUUCCUUGUUUACCUAAAUUUCCACAAGCUAGUCUGAACAGGAUGACUAGCAUGUAGCAUGCCAAUGAGCUCAGUGCCGACACUGUGCUAAAGCUAGUUUAGCUUUGUCCGAAAGUAGAAAAAUCUACCAACUAACUCAUCUUGGCUUCUGGUUUAGCUCGUACCUUGACUUGACUGUGUUAUUUUUGGGGGCAAACUCACGUGCUAGUCGUUAUGCUAAGCAAAGCUACACUAUUUGAUUAACGGCUGUAAUUUAAUAUUUAACAGACAAGCGUUUGGUGUCAACAAGAAACUGGAAAAAGUACAUUUCCCGCAUCAUUAAGCGCUAUAGUUUCACAAGCUAACGCUCUGUGCAGAAACAAUAAAGGGAUUUCUGAAGGUCAGACAAAAACUGUAUCUCUGAUACCAAAUGAUGACAACACAGAGCUAAAGUGUAUGUGUACAGUAACUGCAUGCAUCAUUGCUUAAGGAAAGUGAAGAGUGAGUGAUGUCUGUGACUACGUUGUACACGGUUGAAGGCAGGGAGCUGUUAAAAGUAGCGUUAUUACCUGGGUAUUUAUGCAUUUGUAGAUAAAAAUAUGGAAAACAUGUCGUUAGCUUCAGUCAUGGAAAGUCAUGGAAGUACAUAAUACAAAAUGAAUUCCUGAGGCACACGUUUGGUUUUAAAUUUCAUGGUCAUUCUUUUUUCUUUUUUCUUUUUGUCAUUUGUUUCCAUGCAUGGCAAGAAAUCAUUUGCAGCAUUAUCCCUGAUCAGGUCCACAUGGUGAUUUUGACAUCUUGAAUGUUCCUUACUUGACUGCAUAAACUACAUUUCCAGUAGUAUCGUGAUUGAGAACCCAGUCUCGUCAGCUUGAUGUGUAAAUGUUAUUCAAACAUCAUUUUAUUCUUAAAAAGAAAAAAAAAUGAAAACAAAAAAAAUGAAACAAUAUUACCUGGGUGUUAUUUGUGCAUAAAGCAUUUUGGAAAUUACAUUUGACUUUUCAUUUCAGUUCUCUUGUUGCUGUCCUUGACUUGAGUUGAAAGUGGACUUUUUAAUAUGCCAUUGGCAACGUUGAACUUUCUUGCCUGUGGUUGAGGACUUUUCGCAGAUGCUUAACUUUGUUAUCCAAAGCAUAGGAGAUUAACAGCAAAUUGUGGCAUGAAGGUACAUGUUAGAAUAAAAAAAAAUAGAUAUUUUAUCAGC